AUGGCAUAUAAGCAAGAAAUCCUAGACAAAUAUAGGUCGGAUGCGCUUGCUGGUAAGCCAUUUGUUUGUGCUACUUGUCCCUAUUGCAAUGGACAGUGUGAUUCAUUAGUAAGGUAUAUCCGCCCCUCAACCAAACCCGACAAUCCAUGGAAUUUUUGGAACCAUGUCCUUGGACGUAAGUAUCAGCGUGCUCAGUCGAAGAUGGCGCGCCACAACCUUGGUCUGCGCGACCGUGGUCUUGAGCGCGGCAGCGAAGGGGAGCAUAGAGCGGAUGUUACCAUGCUUGUUCUGGGACCCAUGGUCGACCAAAGCGAACUGCCUUUUCGCAUGCUCUGCAGGGAGUACGGCGCCACACUGGCCUACACACCAAUGCUACACUCCAAGAGUUUCCAGGAAAGCGCUGUGUAUCGCCGGAAAUUUUUUACAACCACCUCUAUCGAGAAGGUUAGACACUGCACAGCAUCAGCCGCGGCCGCGGAAGCAGCCGCACGGAGUUCUACUGAGACAGAGCUCCCGUCUACUCGCGAUCAAAGACUCGGGCAACAUCUAGGCUACAAAGUGGACUGUAACCGAAGUCUCGAUCGAGACUGCUUGAUAGAUAGGCCGUGUAUCGUUCAGUUUUGUGGUCAUGACCCGGAAACCGUCCUGCAGGCUGCACGUCUCGCAGUGCGGGGAGAGCACGCAGAGCCGAAUCCCCCAGGUGGCAUUUGCCACGUCCCAGAUAUCGGCUCUCAGGGGAGUGCUACAUCGGUGCGAGAGGCUAAGGAAGGCGAGGGGGAGCUUUAUUAUCAAUGUGAUGCGGUAGAUAUCAAUUUGGGCUGUCCGCAGGGUAUCGCGCGCCGCGGGCACUACGGCUCCUUUCUUAUGGAGGACUGGGAUCUUAUCCAUACGAUCAUUCAUACGCUACAUGUUGAACUAGAAGUGCCCGUAACAGCUAAGAUACGUGUAUUUGACUGCCCAGACACCACUAACUCAACCUCGGUGGAUCCAAAUGCGGAGGUUAAGUUCGAUGAAUUGCUUACCAUCUACUACGCACAAAUGAUUCGUGAUGCCGGGGCGCAGCUGCUGUGCGUGCACGGCCGCACACGUGCAAUGAAAGGACAAAACAGUGGAUUAGCCGAUCUCGAGCUCGUCCGACGUAUUCGCUUAGCGCUGGGUGGAACCAUUCCGGUUAUCUCCAACGGCAACGUAAUGUGUUACCAGGAUGUGUUGAAGAAUCUCGUGCAGACAGGAUGCGAAGGGCACAUGUGUGCAGAACCGCUCCUUUGGGAUCCAACACUCUUUAGUGAUCCAGAUCACCCUGUUUUCUCUGGACGUCUUUAUGGCGCCAACAAAAAAGCUCGUUUAGCUGCUCUGAAUACUGCAUUGGACUACAUAAGCUGGUUGCGGCGUUAUCCAGUUGAUAUAGGCAUGGUUAAAACACAUCUUUUUAAGAUGUGCUAUCACAGCUAUGAGUUGCACACAUCCUUCCGUGAUUUCAUGUCUAAUUUAAAGACUCGUCUGGAUAUGGCUCACGAAGAUGGCAUCAGCGCUAUGGAUGCUGUGCGGGAGACAUGUGACCUUCCCGAGGAAAACAUCCAUGAAGAGGACGUUGACGUAUUUGUUAGUCAAGUAGAAGCCAUUGAGGGCCACCUACGAGCCCUUGUGAAAGUUGAGCUUUCUUGUGAUGUAGAGGAAGAGCAGCCCAAAACUGCUAGAGAGAGAAAGGCGGAGUCACGAACACAGCACGUCGACGUUUUUGAAGAGGAAGGUUGUCUUGGGUUUGACUUUUAA